AUGCCGCUCUGGGGGUCCGCCGCGUCCGCGCCGCCGGCAGCCGAGGGCGACGCCGCCCGCGCGCCGUCAGGCUCUGCCGGCGGGGGCGGGGGCGGCGUCAAGGUGAUCCGGUCGCUGCUCCCCACCCGCCGCCGCCUCCGCCUCGACCCGACCGCCAAGCUCUACUUCCCAUAUGAACCCGGCAAGCAGGUCCGGAGCGCGGUCAGGAUCAAGAACAUCAGCAAGUCCCAUGUGGCCUUCAAGUUCCAAACGACUGCACCAAAGAGUUGCUUCAUGAGGCCUCCUGGCGGUGUACUUGCUCCAGGGGAAAGCAUCAUAGCAACAGUUUUCAAGUUUGUUGAGCAUCCGGAGAAUAACGAGAAGCCAUUGGACAAGUGCAAGGUUAAGUUCAAGAUUGUCAGCCUCAAAGUCAAAGGGCCGGUGGAGUAUGUCCCUGAAUUGUUUGAUGAGCAGAAGGACCAGGUUGCAGUCGAGCAAAUUUUGCGGGUAGUAUUCUUGGAUGCUGAGCACCCAAGCCCACAAAUGGAUAAACUUAAGCGCCAGCUUGCUGAAGCAGAAGCAGCGCUUGAGGCACGCAAGAAACCUCCAGAGGACAAUGGCCCCCGUAUUGUUGGUGAAGGCCUUGUGAUUGACGAAUGGAAGGAACGAAGAGAGAGAUACCUUGCUCGCCAGCAGAUCGAAGGUGUUGAUUCAGUGUAG